UCAAAUCAAAAAGCUUUUUGUUUCCGCCAUAAAAUCCCUAUAUUGUGAGCAUUUUCAAAGGCAUUUUUAAGGCAAUGGCUUCCCAGCUUGUACAUUCUUGCGAGUUUGAGGUAUUUGGCAAGGUGCAGGGAGUCAACUUCCGGCGGCAUGCUUUACGAAAAGCAAAGACCCUCGGUGUCCGGGGAUGGUGCAUGAAUUCUGGCAGGGGAACAGUAAAGGGUUACAUCGAAGGACGAGCAGCCGAGAUGGACGUGAUGAAGGAAUGGCUCAGGACCACUGGUAGUCCACUCUCUAACAUCGAGAAGGUCGAGUUUAGUUCUCAGAGGGAACGUCAACGAUAUGGCUAUACUAACUUUCAUAUCAAGCCCGAUCGUAAUGAGCACGCUCCUGGAAACGAACUAUUAGCCAGUAGUACCAGCCAUAAUGACAGCAAUUAGAGGACUUUGGCGGAUGGCUCAAAUUUAAGGUCACUAAAUUUUUUGCUAAUUUCUUACUUAUCAUUUCAAGGAUAAUAUUUUUAUAAGGAUUUGAUUUUAUCUAAAAAAUAACAGAUACUUUACUUCUUCGAUUAUAUCUAUCUGCUCAAAGUAAUCUCCAUAAAUCUUGUGGAAAUCUAA